UACACAAAAAAUGUAUGCACGCAUGACUGUAAGUCGCUUUGGAUAAAAGCGUCUGCUAAAUGGCAUAUUAUAUUAUUAUUAUAUGUCAUUUUUCAUCUUGAUAAGGUCAUCAUCAUUAGCUUUGCAACAUUUUACAGGUUUGUCAAUUUAGUGAAGGAAGCAACCUCAUUCUGUAGCUGUUGAUAAAAUCUUUCAGGAGCUAUAGCUAACGUUGGGUAGCUAACAGAUCGCUUGCUGACAUCGCAAGAAAUGUUAUUUAUUAACUGGUAGCAUAUAACGUUAGCUAGCUAGCUAGCUUGCUGGAACAAAAAACAUCAAGUUUAAGAGCUAGCUACAUUGCGCGAAUCAAGAUGAAAGCCGCCGAGGAUCAAGUUGUGGAGGAUGAGGCCGGAUACCAAGAUGAUGAGGAGUCCUUUUUCCAAGACAUAGACACCCUACAGAAGCAUGGAAUUAACAUGGCAGAUUUAAAGAAGCUGAAGUCUGUGGGUAUCUGCACAGUGAAGGGGAUCCAGAUGACCACACGCAGAGCCCUGUGUAACAUCAAGGGCCUUUCAGAGGCCAAGGUGGACAAGAUCAAAGAGGCUGCUGGGAAAAUGCUGACCAAUGGUUUCCUGACAGCAUUUGAAUAUAGUGCAAAGAGGAAACAAGUGUUCCGCGUCACGACUGGAAGCCUGGAGUUUGAUAAACUACUUGGAGGAGGCAUGGAGAGCAUGGCAAUCACUGAGGCAUUUGGAGAGUUUCGGACAGGCAAGACCCAGCUCUCUCAUACACUGUGUGUCACAGCCCAGCUUCCUGGAGAGGACGGCUACACAGGAGGAAAAGUAAUCUUCAUCGACACAGAGAACACCUUUCGUCCAGACAGGCUGAAGGACAUAGCAGACAGGUUCAAUGUGGACCAUGAUGCUGUGCUGGACAAUGUGUUAUACGCCCGAGCCUACACCAGUGAACACCAGAUGGAGCUGUUGGAUUUUGUGGCAGCCAAAUUCCACGAGGAGGGCGGCGUCUUCAAACUUCUGAUCAUAGACUCCAUCAUGGCUCUGUUCCGGGUAGAUUUCUCUGGGCGAGGGGAGCUGGCAGAGAGACAGCAGAAGCUGGCCCAGAUGCUCUCCCGUCUGCAGAAGAUCUCUGAAGAGUACAACGUUGCAGUGUUUGUCACCAACCAGAUGACUGCAGACCCUGGAGCUGGGAUGUCGUUCCAAGCUGAUCCCAAGAAGCCAAUUGGAGGGCACAUCCUGGCACAUGCGUCCACCACACGAAUCAGCUUGAGGAAAGGACGCGGAGAGUUGAGAAUUGCCAAGAUAUUUGACAGUCCUGAUAUGCCUGAGAAUGAGGCCACUUUCGCCAUCACUCCAGGGGGAAUUGCUGAUGCCAAAGAGUGAAAGACCCUCAUGGAUUUACCAGUAGAGGACAUUUUGUUGUGUUACAAAGUGGGAUUAAAAUAGAUUUAAUUGUC